AUGUAUGCUCAUUCACUAACCUCCGCCAUCAACGUCCUCAUUUCUCUAGGUUUCUACAUGUACGCUGAAACUUCAUCACCGCGAAGGACUGGUGACAAAGCUCGACUCCAGAGUCCUCAACAACAGCCUGCAGUGGGAGGCAAAUGUCUGGAGUUCUGGUACCACAUGUGGGGCAAUAAUAUGGGCAGUCUCGCCGUCUAUAUCAAGGAUAAUGUACGAACCAGCCAAGUUUGGAAGAAGAGUGGAAACCAAGGAUCAACUUGGCAGAAAGGAAGGGUGACUCUGAAGUCAGCAAGUAAUUUUAAGGUAAUUGACUUCGAGCUUUACCUCACUGGCAGACGUUUAGCCAGGAUCCUGAAAGAGGGCUAAAUUAACUUUUUCACACAUGUUUUAAUUUUCAGUACAUGUUUGAAGCUGUCCGUGGUUCAGGCCCACGCAGUGAUAUUGCAAUUGACGAUGUGCAACUUUUGGCGGGACCUUGUCCUACUAUAGGUACGUACAAUGACUGGCAUUCUGGAUAUGGCGGUGGUGAUGAUUGUGGUGGUAGUGGUGAUGACUGUGAUGAUGAUGAUGGUGGUGAUGAUGAUUGUGGUGAUGAUGAUUGUGGUGACGAUGGUGUUGGUGAUGGUGUUGGUGAUGAUGAUGCUAAUGGUAAUCAAUGGUAGUGAUGAUGGUGGUGAUGAUGACGGUGAUGAUGAUGAUGAUGAUAAUGAUUGUCUGUAGUGGUGAUGAUGGUAGUGGUGAUGGUGAUGAUCGUGAUAAUGGUUGUUGUGGUGGUGGUAAUGACGACGAUGAUGGUAGCGACGACGAUGGUGAUGAUGAUAAAGGUGGUGAUGAUGAUUGCAAUUGGCGGGACCUUGUCCUACUAUAGAUACGUACAAUAACUGGCAUCCUGGAUACUGGAUAUCGAGGCUUCCUUCAGGUUAAAAAAUGUUUUGACAUGGUUAAAGAAUUAGUGGUGAUUAUCAUAUUUUGACUUGAAAUGGUCGUUGAGAGCUUGGUAGCCCAACAUUGCUUCACAUAACUUUGGCUUUUGGACUUCAGUGCUGUCUGCGAACAUGUAUGUUAAACUACAAUCGUGGUCAAAAAUCCUUGGCGCCCUUAGUCGAAAUAGCAUAACCUUUACUUCAUUUCUGAUUACCAUAUACAUACUUGCGCAUCCUUUUAUGCAAAAUUUCAUGUUCAGACAUCCCCCUAUCUCCCUAAUCAAUGUUGUGUUGGACGUCUAACAUACUACACACAACAUUGAACGUGGGAAGGGGGGGAGGGGGUUGCUAUGCUUGUUAUAGAUGUGGGAGUCAAAUUUCGCACAGUCAGUGUCAAGUGCGCCAACAUUUUUGACCAGGAUUGUAGGUUAAUUGAUGUUAGACAAGUCAGAAUAUAUUAUACUUCUCAAAGUCAAAACAUUUAUACUUUGUAACUUGUUCAAAGUAUUGUUUACCUCCGGCCAACACCUUAUAUAUGAUAUAUGGUGCUUGUAACAAUGAGCGUUAUAUUGUUCCAUACAGGUGCAUGUUCAUUCGAGGGCGGACUUUGCCAAUGGGCACAAGAUAAAACAGAAGAUGAUUUUGACUGGCAGUUGACAGCUGCUGGCACGCCUUCAUUUCUCACAGGACCAUCAACUGAUCAUACCUUUGGCAACGGUUCAGGUAAGAUUCCUAUUUUCUGGAAACAUGGCUAGGAAAGAAUAGUUUCUGGUUUGCGCACCUUCGAGAAACAUGACUAGGAAACAAUGUUGUCCGGUUUGCCUACGUUUUGAAAAGAUGGCUAGGAAACGAUGUUUUCUGGUUGGCUAAUGUUCUGAAAACAUGGCUAGGAAAAAGAUUUUCUAGUUUGCUCAUCGUCGGGAAACAUUUCCAGCAAACAAUGUUUUCUUGUUUGCCUAUGUUUUGGAAACAAGGUUAGAAAACAAUUUCUCCACUACAAAAAUUUUCGAAGGCUUAACCUGUGUUUGUUGAAAGUUCUAAACAUGCAAUAAUUUUCUUUGUGGGCUAAGCUAUGUGUUUAUCACGUUCAUUUGAUCUCAGAUCAGAAACCUAGCAAUAAAACAAGACUAUAGUUUUAUGUUGCGGUUUUAUUGGCCAGACUACAAUUAAGCGGCUAGCUGUAAUGUGGUAAUAUUUCUUACAGGAUAUUAUGUGUUCAUCGAGACUUCUUCGCCUCGGAGAAGGGGUGAGAAGGCACGACUAGUUGGACCAAACUUCACUCCAUCCUCCACCGUACGAUGUCUUCAGUUUUGGUAUCAUAUGUACGGCCAAAGCACUGGGUCGCUGCGCGUCUUCGCUAAAUGGGGGGCUGGGAACAAUUCUCAGUCCGUCCUAUGGUCUUUGAGUGGUAGCCAGGGUAAUCAGUGGAAGUUUGGUCGUGUCUCCGUGUCGAGAAAUGAUGCAUACCGGGUGUGUAAUAUUGAACUUAAACUAAACUACUUAUAUUGGAUUACGGACUGCAUCAUAUUAGUUCGAUGGUCCAAUGUUACUACAGGAGGAAAUCUAAACUAAAUAAACUGACUUAUUUAUACAGGAUAACUCCAUCAGUUCUAAACUGUUUUUCCUUGAGGUCCAGUAAGGGUCAUUCCAUAUUGAUCCAGUGUUACUACAGGAGGAAACCUAAACUAAACUAACUUUAUUUAUACUGGAUAGCUUUAUCAGUUCUAAACUGUUCUUGCUAGAGGUCCAGUAAGGAUCAUCUCUUAUUGAUCCAGUGUUACUACAGAAGGAAACCUAAACUAAAUUAACUUUAUUUAUACUGGAUAGCUCUAUCAGUUCUAAACUGUUCUCCCUAGAGGUCUAGUAAGGAUCGUCUCAUGUUGAUCCAGUGCUACUACAGGAGGAAACCUAAAUUAAACUAACUUAUUUAUACCAGAUUGCUACGUCAAAACUGGACUACUCCGCCUAGAGAGUCCAGUAAGGAUCAUUCCUUAGUGAUCCAGUGUUAGUACAGAAGUGACACAUGCGACAUUACAACCAGUUAUUUGGAUAAAUGACCGAUUCUGAGGAUCGAACCAAAAUGUUUAUGUACUUCACAUAUGAUAAGAGUUCUUCCAGUUUGACGUUACCAAACACCCAGGUUUUUUUGGAUGCUCUUGACUUUUGGGGUGACUCUUAAGGCCGACACUUCACAACUUUUGUCUAUAACUAUCGCAUGCAACCUGCUUACAACUGAAGUUGAACUGUCUAAAUCAAGCGCCAAACUCACCUACGACAACGUAGGCAAGUUGUGUGCUUCAGUUGCACAGUACAAGUUGUAAGCAGGUUGCAUGCGACAGUUUUAGGCAAAAGUUGUGUAGUGUCGUAGGUGAGUUGUGUGCUUGAUUUACACAGUACAACUCAAGUUGUAAGUAGGUUGCAUGCGACAGUUUUAGGCAAAAGUUAUGUAGUGUCGUAAGUGAGUUGUGUGCUUGAUUUACACAGUACAACUCAAGUUGUAAGCAGGUUGCAUGUGACAGUUUUAGGCAAAAGUUGUGUAGUGUCGUAGGUGAGUUGUGUGUUGGAUUUACACAGUACAACUCAAGUUGUAAGCAGGUUGCAUGCGACAGUUUUAGACAAAAGUUGUGUAGUGUCGUAGGUGAGUUGUGUGUUUGAUUUACGCAGUACAACUCAAGUUGUAAGCAGGUUGCAUGCGACAGAUUUAGGCAAAAGUUGCGUGGUGUAUCUGUACAAUCGGCCUUUAUUGGACGCAUUUGAAGAAAGCUUUACACGUGAUGAUGAGUUUUUGACUAAAUCGAACGCGUGUAUCGUCAUUUUGUAUAUUCUGAAUCGUCAUUCUGUAGCCAUAUUUUGUAUAUUUACAUUGUGUUUCUUUAUUUAAUUUCAGUUCGUGUUUGAAGGUACAGUUGGCAGUAGCUAUACUGGUGACAUUGCUUUGGAUGACAUACAGAUAGUUGAACAGGCUUGCUCAAUCCUUCCUGUUACUGCAAACAUCAAUCCCACCUCGCUUCCGACUACACCGGUUGUGUCUACACCCCAACCUAUACGUAAGUCGUCGCAAUUAUUAGUGUAAACGAGAGUUUGAGAAACGAGAGUUUACAUUAGAGUUGUUGAAACGCGAGAGUUUGCAUGAGAGUUGACGAGAGUUUGAGAAACGAGAGUUUACAUUAGAGUUGAUGAGAGUUGAGAAGCGAGAGUUUGUAUGAGAGUUGAUGAGAGUUGAGAAGCGAGAGUUUGCAUGAGAGUUUGCAUGAGAGUUGAGAAGCGAGAGUUUGCAUGAGAGUUGAUGAGAGUUGAGAAGCGAGAGUUUGCAUGAGAGUUUUCUCAACAUUCAUACCCCGGUCAAACGAGAACAAGAGUUACAUGAGAAUUGAUAAGAGUUGAAAAGUGAGAAUUUGCAUGAGAGUUUUCUCAACUUUCAUGCGCCAGUCAAACGCGAACAAGAGUUGAUGAGAGUUGACUGGACAUUACCGCGCGGCGUGUAGUGGAAACUUUCAUCAACUCGCAUUAAAAUUUGAACCAGUUGAAGGAUGAGAGUCGACGAGUGUCGAUGAGAGUGUACACGUAUGAGAGUUGCAACAGCUCACUAAUUAGGGAAACAACUAAUUUAAAACACUAAACCAGGAACAAUUGUUUUUGACUAGAAAUAAAAAGUCUCUCACUGUAAAGUUGAUUUAUUACAUGGUUAAACAUUUUAUGAAACUGGGAAGAUGGGAUUGAAACAGUCGUAUCAACGCAGAAAUACACUGUAAUAUAUAUAUAUAUAUAUAUAUCUAAUUUGAUCUUGCUUUUAAAUGUUUUUUUUUGUGUAGCACCUGGCAAAUUCUCGUGCAACUUUGAAGUUUCUACUGGUCCUACCGCUUGUAAAUGGACUCAAGAUUCCAGUGAUCAUUUUAAUUGGACCAGACAUCAAGGUCAUACAGCCUCAAGCGACACUGGCCCAACUACCGAUCAUACCAAGGGUGUGGGUAAGUGUUAUAUUAUUCUGUUGGAAGAAGUGCCACCACCAUCACGUUCAUCAACAUAAUUACCACUACCAUCAUUAUCACCACCACCAGUGCCACCACAAUCACCAGUUACUGGCAUCAUCACUACCCAUUACCAUUAUCAUCACCAAUAUCAUCAUCACCAUUGCCAUCAUCAUCGCUAUCAUUACCAUCAUCACCAUUAUCGUCAUCACUAUCAUAAUAACUACCACCAUCAUCAUCACCACUACCAUCAUCACCACCACCAUCAUCACCAGCACCAUGGUCACUGGCAUACCAGCACAAUUAUUCACCUUCAUCAUGAACUACACCAAGUCAACAACACUACAAACAAUUAUAAAGACAGAUUUACCUGAAGAACUGCAUUGAUAUUUUGAGAUAAGUUUCGCGUUUUUUGAAGUACUCAAAUUUCAUAUUUUUUAUCCCAGGUCUUCUGGCAAACAAGAACCAUGGUCCUGGCUCCAUACAACAUCGCGGAGGCAAAUGUAUUCAUAUUUUAUUGGGCGGUUACACAAGACCAAAAGAUGGACAACCUCUUGUGGUAUACCGAGGAUGUGGACAAGGCAGGCUGGAGUUCCAGCUCUUUACAAAUGGAACAUUGAUGCACACAAGGCAUAGCAUGUGUGUGAAGCCUAUUGGAACAGUGACUGAUGGAGCAAAGGUUGGUAUACUAGGUUUGAAAUUUAUUACUCUCUUCGAGUGCCCUGUAGUUGAGUAUGUUUUUCAAAGUGCCUGAACGAAUUUUGUCAAUGAUUUUACCGACAAAUUUUGCCAAUGAUUUUACCUACCUACCUACUUACUGUACCUAAACCUACCUACACUCACUUACCUAUACCUACCUAUACCUAUCUACCUACCUAAACCCACCUAGCUACCUAAAAACCCACCUACCAGGUGUCCAUGGACCUUGAAAAUCCUGGAAAGUCCUUGAAUUGGAAAACAAAUUCCAGGACUGGAAAUUCCUUGGAAAUCAGUAGAAGUCCUUGAAAGUCCUGGAAUUAAUUUCCUUAAUCUCCAGCUGUGCCAACAUUAGUGAUUUUGAUUAAAAUUACUGAAUAAAGUGAAUUAUUUGCUGGUUAAAGUCUAAAAUCGAUGCCAUUUUCAAAGAUGUUCCCCAGUUCUAGGUCCUGGAAUUUACUGAAAAAGGGCCUUGAAAGUCCUGGAAAAGUCCUUCAAUUUCAUCUUCACCAAGGGGGUGGACACCCUGACCUACCUGAACCCACCUACCUACCUACAACAAUACCUGGAUAUAUUCAUUCGUUAUUAUGUCUAUUUUCAAGGUGGGUGUUCACAGCAAUUGCGAUCUAACAGACAAGUGGAGUUGGACUGCCAAAGGAUCGCUGAAAUUCAAGAACAAAUAUUGUCUAAAGCCUGAAACAGGAUGGUCGAACCCAGGAAAUAAUAUAAAGCUCGUGAUUGACUCAGCCUGUGAUAACUCACAAAAUUUCUUCAAGUUUGUGCCUAGUAAGUAUCGCUCAGUGCUUUAUGUAACUCGACUAUCUCAAAAGGAAAAAGGAAAAAGUGAAUGUCACGUACACUAUACGCUGUUCCUCCAACACUUAGCUCCACUUUCCUGACAGAUGCAGUUAAAUCUACUCCAUGCCUCGAGGUUUAACCGACAUCAUGUUUCUCAUUUCAGCACGCGGCUGGUACUUGUACAUCGAGACAUCGUCACCAAGGAAACCAAACGACACAGCUCGAUUCAUCUCCCCAUUGGCAACAAACAACCCACAAUCCUGUCUACAUUUCUAUUAUCACAUGUACGGUCCCCAUGUCGGUAAACUGCAGGUAUCUUCCUUUAUUUACUUUUUAUUUACUUUUUAUUCAUUUAUUUGAAUUUUCAACUUGCGAAACAGUAGACCUGUAACAUUCUGAUACAUAAUUUGGGUAGUUUGGCAAACUAACGUAUUGGUUGUUUUCAUGGUCCUUACUGGUACCUGUGCUGGUGGUGGAGACCAAAUCUUAAUCUCGCUAUUGUAUUGUAUCGUAUCGUAUUGUAUUUUAUUGCAAUGCAUUGCACUGCCUUGCGUUGUAUUGUAUUGUACUGUACUGUACUGUACUGUACUGUGCUGUGCUGUACUGUACUGUACUGUAUUGUACUGUACUGUACUGUACUGUACUGUACUGUACUGUACUGUACUGUACUGUACUGUACUGUACUGUACUGUACUGUACUGUACUGUACUGUACUGUACUGUACUGUACUGUACUGUACUGUACUGUACUGUACUAAAUCUAUCGCAUCCCAUCGCAUUGUAUUCUUAAAUUAAAGGGCCCACAGUAAUUGUGUAUACUGGCCCGUUGUAUACUGUUGUGGUGACCCUGACACUCGUAUAUUUUAAGUGGCAAAAUAAAUAAAUACAUAAAUGUCUAUGCAUGAUUGCAGGUCUACGUGAAAUCUGGGGGUAAAAUGGGAUUACCAGUGUGGAGUCACUAUGGAACACACGGAAACACAUGGUAUCAAGCACAAGUCGCUGUCAACAACCAGAAGACCUCAUAUCAAGUGAGUAUAUAGGCCAGCACGCGAGCUUCAUAUAUCAUUAGGGGAAUAACUUGCUAGGAUUAAUACCACUCAACAACGUUGUUACUCAAGAGUGCCACCGUAUGAGCCCCCACACGGCGAGAAUUGAACAGAACAAGGUUGAACAGAUUUACUCAACCGUAAAGUAAUUAGACAGUACCGCCCCCCCUCCCCCCAAAUCCGCCGUAUCAACCCCACAUGGAGUCCCUGCCGUGAAAGGGCUAAUUAGCCUAUCAUCAAUUCUCCCUAAUGCCCCUGCAUGUAGGGCACACAGUUCAGUGUCAAAGGUGUUCCCAAGUUUUGCUCUGUAGAAUAAAUAUAGUUUCGUUUUGAAUGUUGGUAAGAAAGUAGGUUGUCUUAUCAAUGAUCGGCAAGGAAUUGCUUAUGAUCGGCGGUAACCUGAGUAUCAGGCCGUACUUCGGAAAAGCAGGGUUUCGGUUUCCAACCUGAAAAAAGCAGGGAAAGUCACGACUGCUGAUCACCAUGAUCGGGAACUUUGGGAACGUUAUUUCAAGCCCUGCAUGUAAGAGUACAAAUUUACAAUUACAUGUAUCGAAAGGGCUUUACACAGUUACAGUAGAUCAAUACUAAAUAGGACUUAUGACGCUUCACAGCACACCAUGCAUAUUUUGCAUUUUCAGUGUUAACUAAUCCUAUAGUUUAUUGUUAGCAAGUGAUUACUGUGGCGGCUAUUGCUAACACUCAUAUUGAUAAAAUUUGCAAGCGAUUGUUUUUAUAAUAUGUUAUGUGAAUGUAAACUGCAAGAAGAAUACGACAACAUGAUUUUAUGCGAUCUCUGUGAUGGUUCCACUUUAGAUGUGUAGAAUAUGACACUAGUCUAAGUACCUCAAAUGAGUGCCAUGCAGACUGUGCACACCACCAGCUGCUAAGAAGACUAAAAUGUGUAUGUAAUUUUGUCUCCUUGUAAUAAAUAAAUAAAUAAAUCACACAAUAAAUCUUUUCAACUUGCAAUCGUUUUGUUUUUAGAUCAAAAAUUCAAAAUUUAUAUGGGGGGGCGAAAUUCCUAAAGGGGGGCGAUAUUCCUAGUAAAUUCGCGCCCCUGGGGGGCAAUAUUCCUAGGAGAUUCGCCCCGGGGGGGGGCGAAUUUCCUAGGAAUAUCGCCCCCCUUUCGAGAGGGGGGCGAAUCUCCUGGGGGCGAAUCUCCUGUGACACCGGAACGAUAAUAAGGCAAAGGGGGGCGGACGCACACCAAGGGCACCUCUAUAGAGCAAAACUUCAAAAUCUACCGGAAAAUUUUUUUUCAAUGGAAAUUUUUGGGCGCCCCCCCCCGUCGCCAAAAAAUUUUCGGUCACUGUUCCGGACAUACCAAAAUUUUCCGUGAAGUCAAAAAUGUUUCCGCAUAUCUUAAAUUUUCGCCAUUUCUUCAAAAUAUUAUUCUAAAUUCCAAAAAGUUUCAAAAUUUUUUAUAAAUAUAAACUAUAAAUUACCUGAAUCUCAUGAUUUUCCUACAAAAAGCAUCGUUGGAAAUGUGAUUUAUCACGUAGUAUUUUACAACUAAAAAGGCACUUCUGCCCCCCCCCCCUGCCCCCCUAGCAAAAGGCAAGGGGGGCAGCCGCCCCCCCCCCUGCCCCCCAGUUCCGGCGUCCCUGGUCUUAUCAAUAAUACAAAUACUGAAUCUACUUUUCUUGCAGUAUGUAAUCGAAGGUGUACGUGGUAAAAGUUUCCUGGGAGACAUUGCCAUUGAUGAUAUCUAUCUCAAGACUUCAUGUUCUGCAAGAGGUAAGUUACUUUAGUACCAGUUGAACACACGUAAAGACACGCACAAGUUUGUAACAAACCUGCAGCAGAUUUGUAGCAAUGCUUUUCCAACAACGUGUUAGCAGGAUGUGUUCGCACUGCUUGUUCCCCCAGCUUGUUGACAAGUUGUCAACGGCUUGUUGACAACUUGCAACAAGUUGUGAUCGUUCUGUGACUACCUUGUAGCAACUUGAUAAAAUUACAGCAUUGUUACAACUUGUUGACAAACUUGCUACAAGCCUGUUGUGACUACCACAAUGUGUUGACAAGCUUGCUACAAGCCGAACACAUCUUGUUGACAAGUUGUGAGUGACAACCUUGUAACAACUUGAUAAAAUAACAGCAUUGUUACAACUUGUUGACAAGCUUGCUACAAGCCUGUUGCGAACACAUCUGGUUGACAAGUUGUGUGAUUUUUUGCUUGUGUAGUUCUGGCUAUGUUGUUCUCAAAUUCAUUAAUAAUUCAUGAGCAAUUCAGCCAAUGAUAAUCACCUAUUUGAUCAUAAGAUGCCAUUUGGAUAAUCCGGUGAAACUUGAUGAAAGUCACUAGUGUUUUCAUCAAAUAUCUUAAUUACGCAUGCAAAAUUAGUUGAAUAGAAUUCCUAAUUACGUUAUGCUUGGUUAAGAAUUCCAUUCAAAUCCGCAAACGAAAACCUUCUGUUACGUCUCGAUUCAUUUGAGAAGCCAUAUAAACAACUCGAGCUCGUGUCUCACCGGGAUAUCCAAACACUCGAAAACAAUGUUUUCAUACAUUGUUUUCUCGUGUUUGGAUAUCCCGGUGAAACACUCGCUCUCGUUGUUCAUAUAUUACGUCAAAGUAAUUAAUCAAAUAAUUAAUCAAAUAUAUUUAAUAUAAUUAAUCAAAAUAAUUAAUCAAACAACAUGUUAUAAUAAGCUAGAUCUUCUUCAACUUAUAUGCAAUGACCACAGAUAUACAGCAACUGUUAAUUCUAUAGCGAAAAUUGUGUAAUCUUGUAACUGUAUAUUAUGAUAUAAUAUCCUUCUUUUGUAAAUAGUAUAUACUUUUAGGUCUUACUUCAAUAAUUACUCUUCACUGUAAAUAUAUAUGCAUUUUUUUUUACAAACCUAACUAGUGGCCUACAUUAAAAAGCCUGAAAAGGUUUCCAGUAGGUCUCUAGCCCAACACCUUCAAACUACACAUAGUUUUUGUUACUUAUUAUUGUACAUACACAUGGGAAAUAAAUAUUGAUUGAUACGUCAAAGUACCCGGGUCAAUCUAUGAAAAAAUAAGGCUGGAUUGGACUAUCACAGUAGGAAUUUUGCAUGGGGAAAGUCGCAAGCAUUUGUAAGAAAUGUUUGAGGAAACUGACUUGGUGUUUAAUUAAAAUUUUCACUGAGUAAAACUCGUUUCAGUCGUUGGAAAGUAGUAGUACUAGAAUUCUUGUCAAUAUAUUUUUCUCUCUCUAGACUACUGUUCAUUCGAAGAACAAUACCCACAAUUGUGUGGCUAUACGCGCAGUACUGGAAGAUUCCAAUGGUUGCUAGGCAGCGGAAGCACGUCGUCAGUCAAUACUGGACCAUCCAAUGAUCAUACACUUGGAGACUCGCGAGGUAUGACAGGGAUCUCGCCACUGAUCUGUGAACCAGAAUUGAAAAAAGCGCAUUUUACAUGUCGGAAGAGGUUCUAAAGGCCCAAUUUCACUGAAGAAAAAUUUCCACAGAAAAAUUUCCACGGACUGAAAAUUUUCUCUUCAAAAUGUUUUUCCGACGAAAACUUUGUGUCGCCCAAUCAGAUUUUCCAAAAUUUUCUUUCUGCGGAAAAUUGUCCUGAGUAGAAGUAGGCCUUAACGGUUUGUCGUUAUCGGUAGAAACUUAUCGGCAAUGGCCUCUCUUUCUCGUUAAAUGUGUCUGUGUUCGUGAAUAACUAAUCAUGUUCUUGUGAAUAACUAAUAAGUAAGUUUAAUUACGUGGUGUUCAGUUGGGUUAACUAUCACAGCUAGCCUCGCAUAUAUGGUCGCUUUUAACGGCACGAGCUGACUGUAUUUUUUUAUCUAGGUCGUUAUCUAUACAUUGAAACAAGCUUUCGCACUCCUGGAGCUAAAACGACAUUCACCAGCCCAGCGUUCGAAGGAAGUCCAACAGGGAGUUGUGUGGUGUUCUGGUACCACAUGUACGGCUCAGAUAUAGGUAA